AUGGAGCAUCUACCUGGAUUGUGUGCUCAGAUGCUGUUGGAUGGUUUCCCCAUUGAGCUUGUGGAUGGGGAUGCAUCAAAUAUCCCUUUGAAAUGGAUAUCAGCUGUACUGACUCAGCUUCAUACUCUUGUGGACUCUAACAGCAAGAUCCGGGUUGUGACAGUUUUAGGGGUCCAAAGCACUGGGAAGUCCACUCUCCUCAACACCAUGUUUGGGGUCCAGUUUGCUGUCAGCAGUGGAAGAUGCACCAGAGGGGCCUUCAUGCUACUGAUUAAAGUCAACAAAGAACUCAAGGAGGAACUGAAAUGUGACUUCAUCAUGAUCAUUGACACAGAGGGGUUGAAAUCACCAGAGCUGGCUCAACUAGAUGAUAGCUAUGAACAUGACAAUGAAUUGGCCACACUGGUGAUAGGACUCAGUGAUGUUACGAUUAUCAACAUCGCCAUGGAGAACUCCACAGAGAUGAAAGACAUUCUGCAGAUUGUUGUUCAUGCUUUUAUCAGGAUGAAGGAAGUGGGGAAGAAGCCAGUAUGUCAUUUCCUGCACCAGAAUGUGUCAGACAUGUCUGCUCAUGACAACAACAUGAGGGACAGGAAGAAGUUGUUGGAACAGUUGAAUGAAAUGACCCUGGCAGCAGCCAGAAUGGAGAAGAAGGAGAAUAUCACCAAGUUCACUGACGUGAUGGAGUAUGAUCCAGACACAAGCAGCUGCUACAUCCCAGGACUCUGGCAUGGGACUCCCCCGAUGGCUCCAGUCAACGCAGGCUACAGUGAGGCUGUGUACAACUUCAAGAAGAGCUUGAUGGAAGAUUUUUUUAAAUUCCAGAAAAAUGAUGAUUUGACACAUUUCAUGAAGUGGACAAAAAGCUUGUGGGAGUCUGUUAAAUUUGAGAACUUCAUCUUCAGUUUCAAAAACAGCUUGGUUGCGGAUGCAUACUCCAAAUUGUGCACUGAGUACAAUGGUUGGGAGUGGGCAUUUCAGAAGGAGAUGGAAUCCUGGAUGUUCGGUGCCGAAAACAAAAUUUCAAAUUUUGGCAUGACAGGUCUAAAUCCCACAAUGUCCACAGUAAGAGAUCUGCUGAAGGUCUUGAUGAGGGAAGCAAAUGAAAACCUGGAAGUAGGGGAAAUGAAGAUCCAAGACAAUCUGGUGAAAUACUUUGAAAAGCAGGAUGACCAUGUCAAUCUGGUGGAAAGAUACAAGGAGGGUUUUAAAUCCAGUGCCACAAUGCUGAGACGAGAGACAGAAAACACAGUGAGGAACACUCUACAUGGAGCUGUUGAGAUCAAAGAAGGAAAGGUUAAAGUGGAUGACAUUAAGAGUUCACAAGAAAAGACGAUGGAGAAGAAGGUGCUGGCUUUGCUGCAAGACUGUAGACAGAAAAAUACUGAUUUAUCAGAUCAGGCCCUCAGAGAAGAGUUUGAAAGAAUGUGGGAGGAAACUCUGUCUGAGAUCAACUUCAAAGGUCUCCCAAGACAAGCUGUGGCUCACGAUGCCUUCCACGUGUUAAGUAAACAUUUGUCAAGAAGAGGGAGUCAUGUUAAAAGUAUGUUGGAUGGAAACCUGGUGGAUUGUGGAAAGACCGUCUUUGUUGUGGAACCAGUUGAUUGGUGGCGGAAGGCUACAGGCCUAGCAAAGCACUUGGAUCAUGACCAUCACAGGAAGAAACUACAAGUCUUCUGUGACGACAUCAUAACACAGUGUCAGGAGUUUAUAAAAGAGAAGGUUAAAGGACAAUCAGAUUAUCAUGACACUUACAUCAAAGACCUGCUGAACAGGAUUGAUGAAACACUGAAACAACACGAGACCGCUAACGUCAGCGAGGAAUGUGAGGUAUCACUGAAGCUGCACAUCUUUGGCAUAGCAACCAGAGAGUUUCAGAAGAUGCAUGAUGAUUUCAUUGCAGUCAAUGAUCCAAGGAAGUGUCUGGAACCGUCUAAGAGCAAGUACCUUACUGAGUUCAUAGACUUGUUUCAUAACCAAGACCAGUGCCAAAAGAAAGCUGAGGAGUUCUCAAAGCUCGUACAGCCAGCUGUACAGGACUAUGUGACCAAAAUGAUUGGUCCUGAUGUAGUUGAUGAAAUGAAGACAGGUAAAGGAUCACAGGAUUACAGCACACGGACGGCCUUCCAGUUCUCCAUUUUGAAACAGCUCCUGUUUGAUGGAGAAUAUGAGAAUUAUAGAGAGUACAUGAUUCAUUAUGAAAGGUUUGUGAAGAAGUUGCUAUUAGACCAAAUUGUCGAACAACUGUCUGAGAGACGUCUGGCAGAAUUGGAAAAUAAACAUCUUACAGAGAUAGUCAAUGCAAUUACUGAUGCGAUUUCUAAAAUCAGAAAAACAACUUGCACCAAAAAUGAAAGUGAUGUCAAGACCUUCAUUCAGAACAUCUGUAGUGUCCUUGAAGACAAGCUAUCUCUGAAGGAUGCUCUGGAUUCCAUCAUGAUUCUGAAACCUGCAAACACAGAACAGUUUUCUAACUUCCUCAUAGAUUCUGUGAGAAAAAUGGAGCAGUCCCUGGCAUCAGAGUAUGAGAAGGGAAGAGGAACUAAGUAUGACACGGUACGAGACAUCAAAGAGAGACUCAAAUCUCUGCCAUUCAAGCCUCAGGACAAGAUGUUCACCAGUCUGUUUGGCUGUGGCAAGCAAUGUCCUUUCUGCGGUGUACCCUGUGAAGCAGGGGGGAACGAGCAUGCCAAACACUUUUCAUCUAUUCAUCGUCCACAAGGUCUAAAUGGUGUAAAGUUCAUACCUUCAAAUAAAUUAGUAAUUAACAUAUGUUCCUCUGAUGUGACCAGUAAUUUAACAUUCAUCAACACUCUAACGGGAGAGAAAGGUCAUCCCUUCAAGGACUACCAGAAAUAUUACCCUGACUGGAUCAUAAUUGGAGAUUCCAGCAUCAAGGCUUCAGACUACUGGAAGUAUGUGAUGGCCACAUUCAUUGAGAGAAUCGCUAAAGACAGAAAGGCACUCCCUGCUGAUAUCCCAGAGGACUGGAAGGCAUUAACACCUGAUGAUGCAAUGAAGAGCUUGAAAGAGUCUUUCCACAUGACAUAA